AUGAUUGCUGCUGAUGUUUAUGAAGUGGACACUGAAGAUGAAGAAUGUCCAUUAACUGAUGAACGUAAAAUUCGUGCAUGGCGAAAAAAGGAUGCUAAAGCUCAACAGAUUAUUGGAAUUUCGGUUGGAAGUAAUCAGAUCAUUCACAUUACUAAUUGUGAAUCUGCAAAGGCAAUGUGGACAAAAUUACAUGAUGUUUUUGAAAGGAAAAAUGAGUCCAGUUUACUGAUGCUUCAUCAACAAGUUUUUAAUUUCACAAAAGAUGCUGGUGAGAAUAUGAUAUCAUAUAUUGCAAGGCUUGAAGAAUUAGUUCAACGUUUAAGGGAUCUCAAUGAGACAAUAUCAGAUGAUAUGGUGAUUACAAAAAUUAUAUUAUCUUUACCCUCUGAGUAUGCAGCUUUUAGUAGCGCAUGGGAGUCAGCAAGUAAGUUGGAACGCACUUUGGAUAAUCUUAGAGCAAGGCUGGUGAUUGAAGAAGAACGUUAA